UGUAUAUGUACUGCAUGACGUAGUACUGAAGGGGGGUAUGCUUCAAAUUUAUACAUUGCUUUCCUGUUUGUCCUCUUAAAAGAUUUUUAAACCGGGAUUGAGACCAAAGCACCAAGGUUCAUUUAAAUUGAUGUCACCAGAGAAAAUUGUGAUUUUGGGCACGAUAUUAAUAUGGAGGAGCAUGACAGCAGUGAUAAAUAUAAGGUUCAACUCCUGCCACAGUCACCUACUACAUGUUGAUUCCUCCUGGACUAUUGAAAAGGUUAAAGAACAAAUUGCUGCAGAAGAAGGUGUUUCUCCCAAUGACAUCAGGAUAAUUUUUGCGGGAAGAGAGCUUCAAAAUUCUACAGCCAUAAGGGAAAUAGACUUGGGUCUGCAUAGUGUUCUCCAUGUAAUACAAGGCAGAAAGAGGAACCUUUCUCUUCAAGUAGAGACUGACUGUGAACGUGGUCAGGGUGAAGUGCCAGAAACAGAAAAAGAGCAGAGUACCCCACUAAACCAUUAUUACAUCUUCUGUAAAAAUGAAUGCAAGAAAGUCUGUGCAGGCAAACUAAGAGUAAGGUGCUCUAAAUGCAAGCAAGGUUCUUUUAGGCUGGAACAAGAGCCAUCAUGUUGGGAUGAUGUUCUAAAGCCAGGUAGAAUAAUGGGAGUGUGUGAAGAAAAGGAUUGUAGUGGAGACACAGCAGAAUUUUUCUUCAAAUGUGCUAACCAUUCAAGUACAGAAGACGAGUCCAGUGUGGUGCUUUACCUCAUCAAGGCCAAUACUAGAAAUGUAGAAUGCAUAACAUGUUUAGCUAUCUGUGAUCCAGUUUUAGUGUUCCCUUGUUUGGAAGGGCACUCCAUGUGUUUAGAUUGCUUUAGAAUAUAUUGCCAAACAAAGCUGAAUGAUAGGGAUUUUAUACAACACCCAGAGCUAGGCUACACACUUCCCUGCCCAGCGGGUUGUGACAAUUCUUUGAUAAAUGAAGUUCACCAUUUUAGAAUACUUGGAGAUGAUCAGUAUGACAGGUACCAGAGGUUUAGUACAGAGGAGUGUUUACUUCAGAUGGGAGGUGUGCUGUGCCCUCAACCAGGCUGUGGAGCUGGACUUCUGCCUGAAGAUGAACAGCAGAGGAGAAUAGAGUGUGCAACACCUCAGGGAUGUGGAUUUAUCUUUUGUCGGAGGUGCUUCCAAGCUUUUCACCAAGGUGAUUGUGAUCAGAGACUGAUGGAUACUGCAUCUACUACAGGCUAUUCUGUAGAUCCAGCCAGGGCAGAAAGAGCAAGGUGGGAGAGGUUGUCUAAAGACACCAUAGGAAAGACAACAAAACCCUGUCCACAGUGCAAUGUCCCUGUUGAAAAAGCAGGUGGAUGUAUGCACAUGCAGUGCACACGAUGCAAGCUUGACUGGUGCUGGCUGUGUCAUUCACCAUGGAGUAGAGAAUGCAUGGGGAAUCACUGGUUUGGAUGACAAUGUACACUGACAGUCUUGCUUAAUUUGACACUUGGCACUAAAUAUCCCAGAAGUUCAAAUAUCUGGAGAAAAUUGAAAUGCUAUGCUAUUUCUUACAUGUAUCAUUCUCAUUUAAGUAACAGUCAUAAGGCAGUGUUGAAGAUUUUGAUAUGCUGAGGUUCUACCACAUCAUAAUUUCAGUCAAGGAAAAAUAAUAAACAUGGGAGUUCUGCAGAAGUGCAGACUUUAUUUAUCCACAAUUUUUCUUGAACUUGCUCAUCAAAAUUGAAGAUUUUUGCACUAUCUUCUAUUAUCAAUUUAACUGGACAUUCAAAGGAUGUGUGCUGGUAACCAUUGGCAAAGUGCCCAUUGUCAAAUUUUUAAAAUAAUUUGCUAUUAUAAAGUUUAUGAAAAAAUAUGUGGUUUGAGGCAUCAUUACUUUGUAUUUUUUUAAUGAGUCAUGUGGGGAUGGGGGAGCCAGACUUAGCUGUUGUAUGCAGUCUAAUGAAUCAAACCAACUUGUUUCAGCAUAUAUAUUACAUAAAUGAAUUUUUCCAUUGAAACAUGUCUUGUGGUGUAAAAAGGAGUAAUAUGUUAAAUACUUGUGGCGUGGCACAAGUAAAUGGGAAAGAAAUUGUAUUUUUACAUCCCAGAGAAGAGAGGGAGGAACGAUGUUAUUUUCUCACAGAAGAUAUCACCGAUUUCACUCCACAGUAUGAAAGUCUUGUACAUGUAACUAGGACAACUUGUUUCAGUAUAUUUAUUCAUUUUAUGUAACUUUUCUCCUAGA